UUCUUCGCUGCCUCCGCUUCGGCUGGGCUCCCCAGGCGCCAGUGCCUUCCCCUGGCCCGGGCGGGGCGCCUCCGCUGCCCGCAGAGCUCUCCGUGGAGUGUGGGGGGCGCGUUGCGUCCUAACGGAGAGCCAGCCCCCGCUCUGGGCGACAGGUGCCGAGGGAGCGUCCCCCGAGGACUAGGGGAUGCGAAGGGAUUCCCUCCUGAGGGCCCCUUUCCACGUCAUCUUGAGAUUGGCCUAAUCGAAGACGGAGGUGAUGAAGUCGGUCCUAGAUGGCCUCGCAGAUACCACCUUCCGCACCAUCACGACAGACCUCCUCUACGUGGGCUCCAAUGACAUUCAGUACGAAGACAUCAAAGGCGACAUGGCCUCCAAACUAGGGUACUUCCCUCAGAAAUUCCCUUUAACUUCCUUCCGGGGAAGCCCCUUCCAAGAGAAGAUGACUGCGGGCGACAACCCCCAGUUGGUCCCAGCAGACCAGGUGAACAUUACCGAGUUUUACAACAAAUCUCUCUCGUCCUACAAGGAGAAUGAGGAGAACAUCCAGUGUGGGGAGAACUUCAUGGACAUGGAGUGCUUCAUGAUCCUGAACCCCAGCCAGCAGCUGGCCAUCGCUGUGCUGUCCCUCACGCUGGGCACCUUCACUGUCCUGGAGAACCUGCUGGUGCUCUGCGUCAUCCUGCACUCCCGCAGCCUCCGCUGUAGGCCUUCCUACCACUUCAUCGGCAGCCUGGCAGUGGCAGACCUCCUGGGCAGCGUCAUUUUUGUCUACAGCUUCGUUGACUUCCACGUGUUCCACCGCAAAGACAGCCCCAACGUGUUUCUGUUCAAAUUAGGCGGCGUCACGGCCUCCUUCACUGCCUCCGUGGGCAGCCUGUUUCUGACCGCCAUCGACAGGUACAUCUCCAUCCACAGGCCCCUGGCCUAUAAGAGGAUCGUCACUCGGCCCAAGGCCGUGGUGGCGUUUUGCUUGAUGUGGACCAUCGCCAUUGUGAUCGCCGUGCUGCCUCUCCUAGGCUGGAACUGCAAGAAACUGCAGUCCGUUUGCUCAGACAUUUUCCCACUCAUCGACGAAACCUACCUGAUGUUCUGGAUCGGGGUCACCAGCGUGCUGCUGCUCUUCAUCGUGUACGCCUACAUGUACAUUCUCUGGAAGGCCCACAGCCACGCGGUGCGAAUGAUUCAGCGGGGCACCCAGAAGAGCAUCAUCAUCCACACCACCGAAGAUGGCAAAGUCCAGGUGACUCGGCCUGACCAAGCCCGCAUGGACAUUAGGCUGGCCAAGACCCUGGUCCUGAUCCUGGUGGUUUUAAUCAUCUGCUGGGGCCCUCUGCUUGCGAUCAUGGUGUACGAUGUCUUCGGCAAGAUGAACAAGCUCAUUAAGACGGUGUUUGCCUUCUGCAGUAUGCUGUGCCUGCUGAACUCGACCGUGAAUCCCAUCAUCUACGCUCUGAGGAGCAAGGACCUGAGACACGCUUUCCGGAGCAUGUUCCCCUCAUGCGAAGGCACCGCGCAGCCUCUGGAUAACAGCAUGGGGGACUCGGACUGCCUGCACAAGCACGCCAACAACGCCGCCAGUGUUCACAGAGCCGCCGAGAGCUGCAUCAAGAGCACGGUCAAGAUCGCCAAGGUGACCAUGUCUGUGUCUACAGACACGUCUGCCGAGGCUCUGUGAGCUGAUGAUGCUUCGCUGGCAGCCCAGGAAAUGAAAUCCGUGGGUGGUUUUUGUUUUCUUUUGUUUUUUCCUCAAAACCUAGAGGAGUGUGUCGUCUCAUCGGUUAUGUUCUUAAGUUUACCAUGCUCAGCGAAAUGGUGAUGGCUCCCAUGUUCACUUAUGAAUUCUCUGGCUUUCGACAAUUCAGACACUUGAACUAAGUUCCCCAAGGGCGUCCGGUGAGGAGACCCAGCUGCUUCGAUGACUGAAAGGUCUUGCAGAAUCUCCCAACAGAGGAACACCCUUUGGCUGUGCAGUUUGAAGUCUGAGUGUCCAUAGAAAACGCCAUCAACUGAUUAAUGCCAUUGUAACCAUCAGUCUCCUGAUAAUGUGAAAUGUAAUUGUCCACAGUAUCACAGGUGUCCGUUUCUGCCACAGUUACACUACUGAAGUAGAGCUAUUUUGUGACAUGUGUUGUGUCCUAGGAGAUGUGUAUCCAUGUUUACGAUGUGUUAUUUAUAUUUGUCUAGUUCAGCUAAACUAAAAAACAUUUAUGAGAACAAUGGGAAG